AUGGAGCUUAGUGAACACCUCUACAACACACUUUUCGCAAGCUUUAGAUCAAACAUUCUCCCUCCUCAGAUAGAACUGAAAAUAGGCUAUUCAUCUAACUCUGUUCUAUCCAUAGGCUCUCUGGUUUUAUAUCCAAAACGUAUCAAUUUUCGAUCUGGCGAAAGUAAAACUUCGGAAGGUAUAAACGCUACGGGAUAUAGAAGCACAAAACGUGAAGCAAAGUCACUCAAAAUAAGUAUUUGUGGCUCUGGAAAAAAGGUAUCUGAUACCAUUAUUGUCUCACUGGAAAAUAACCGCUUUAGACAGGCUCAUGUACUCUGCGCUCCAGACAGCAGUGAGUGUGGGUCUGAUUGCGAAAAAUGCACCAAAAAGAACUCCAAAAAGGUAAAGUUUCGCCAUACCUACAGGAAGAGUUACUUUAAUGGAGUUAUUGGUAACAAAGGUCCCUCUAAUCGCACGGAUAUUCCCACAAAUAAUCGCAAAAAUAUCGCUAAAGUUGCCAAGUUCGGCAUAACAUUGUAUCGUAUAGAUAAAAUAAGUCAUAAAACAUUUAAAAGGAGGGUAAAAUCGCCUAAUAGCUGUAUACAAGAGUAUGUGAAAAACUGUAAAGGUAAAAUAAAAUGUAAAAAGUGUACCAUAUUUACAAGGGAUAAACUAAAAAUCGUAAAUCCCAAUAUUAUAAGCAUAAACACGGUUGUUAAGACUAAUAUAAAUCGGCCUAUAGAUGGUCUGAUAUUGAAAUGUGAAUUGGAUUUGGAUGGUUUGAUUUUAACAUCUGAGCAUGCAAUAUCAACUAAUUCAUCCACAUUCAUUCCAUUCUAUAGUUCAGAUUAUUUGGAAUGCCAUAAUCAUCCUGAUGAAAUUGAUAAUGAAAAUGAGUGUUGUUGUACAUUGAAAGAAUCUCUGAUCUGUUCUCUACAUUUUAAAAGGAUACUUGGUGAAAUCCAAAAUAUAUUAGAUUGCUUGUACAAUGGAAUCGGAAAUUCCCUAAAGUGUAGGUAUAUGCUUUAUUACCAUUUACAAGUUCUACAUUUUUUACAGUCUAGAGGUCUAAGGCACUGUAACCUCCAUCGGAUUCCGGACGCUAUUCUAUCAAUCAAUCUUGGGAAUAAUUGUAAAUUAAAUUACAAAAACGAUAUAAAUGAUGAGAAGUAUUUGGAUCAGAUCUUUCUGGAUGCUAAAAGACUUUUAAAAAAAAAAAAAUUCAUUAGGCGCAUAAGAACCCUUUCCUGUGAUAUUAAAAAUUAUAACGGUAAUGAUGAAACAAAUGUGGGUUUCCAUGAAAUAUUACAUGCUCUAAAUGUUCCUCAUGGACUGCGAUGCAUUUACGGUCAAAGUGAUCCAUUUGUAUCACUAGAUUCCAAGAUAUUCUGCAAUAAAAUGUCUGACAUUCUCAUUAGAUAUAGUGAUAUUUUGAGCCUCAAACCAGGAAAUAUAUCUUUCAUGAUUGAACCGGAAGACUUUACAUUUCUACGUCUGUUGGUAAAUACACCACUUUAUAACGUAAAACUGAUUGAUGAUGUUACCCGUCCAGAUGAAACCGAAAAUAGUCGUCCUAACAAAGCUAUAAAUGGGAAUAUAAGCUACAAAAGUAUCAAUAGAUUAAUUUGGAGGUAUAAAGGUGUCUUGUCUAGGUAUCCUAACACUCUUUCCACAUUCUUGAGGUUUGUGGAUUACUCUGAUAAUCUACAAGUUGAAUCUCUAAAGACGCUCUUGAGUUGCUGGAAAAUACAAAAUGUAGAAUCACUUGUAGAACUUAUUUCUUGUGAUUUUAUUGUUACAUAUGUUAGGAGGUAUAUUUUGGACUCUGUUAAAUCAAUGUUUACCGUGCAACAUGUCAAUGUUUAUAUCAAUCAACUAGUCUUAGCCUUGCUCUAUGAUGUUGAUGAUUGCCUGAGAAAUUUCUUGUUUAAAGCUUCUUUAUCAAGUUUUGAGCUUUCUUUGAACCUUUAUUGGCAUCUCAGAUGUAAUUCUGAAAGAGAAAUAGAGAUAAAUUAUAGAAGAAAAUUUAGCGAAUGCUUAUUAAAAUAUCUGGAAUUUCUAGAAACAGAAUCCCUAUCAGAUGUAAAAAGAGCUAUCGAUAGGCAAAAUAACUUUGUAGGUGUUCUGAGAAAUAUAAACAAAAGGCUCGAUAAUUAUGGAAUUGAUGAAGGGUGGAAAUAUUUCCAUACGGUAGUUAAUGAUAGACACACAAAUUUUGAGCUUAUAGGAAAUAAUUUGGAAAUAAAAUCUGGAUUUCCCCUCUUCACUCAUCCAAACUUGACCCUAAAAACACUUGUACCUAAAAAGUGCCGUGUUUUAAAGUCUAAGAGAUAUCCAAUCGUUUUACAUUCUAAUGUAGCUCCUACGCCAAAUUGUACUCUCUGUUCUUCUAACAUUUUUCAAAGUUCUACAUUUCUGUUCAUGUACAAAUUUGGCGAUGAUCUAAGGCAAGAUCAGCUCUGUCAACAGUUAAUUUCAAUCAUAAAUUAUACAUUAAAGGGGCAUGGGAUAAGAACCGGACUAAUUCCGUAUAAAAUUAUGCCAAUAUCUCCAAAUGACGGAUUUAUAGAGUUUAUACCAAACUCAAGUACGAUUUUUGAUAUUGUGAAUGAUUGGGAUUCUUUGGAAAAUUUUUUGGAAAAUGGGAAUCUUCAUAGUCUAGACAAAAAAAUGCACAGAAUUCGCUAUAUAAGAAAUUUUGUGGAUAGUCUUGCGUCUCUUUCUGUAAUAUCCUACAUAUUUGGAAUUAGGGAUCGGCACUAUCACAAUAUUUUGAUGACUAGGGACGGAUUCCUUGUUCACGUGGACUUUAGCUAUAUUUUUGGAGCAGAUCCAACACCCUUGGUACAACCUCCAUUCAAACUUUCUAGAGAGUUUAUGGGCCUCUUGGGAGGAAAAGAAAGCAGUUUGUACAAGUUAUUUACAAAAAAGUUCACUUGUAUAUUCUGUAUAUUACGAUCGCAUUCAUCGGAAAUAUUAAACUUACUCUACGCUUCACUCUCAAGCAAACUUCCAAACCUAUCCCUCAGGGCUAUAGUAGAAGUUGAAAUGAGAUUUAAACUUGACUUGAAAAGGAACUCUAUAGAAGAAUUUGCACAAGGCAUAAUUUCGGAAUCUGCGGAUUCAUACUCGCCACUCAUUUUAGAUACAUGGCACAAAAUCUCUAGCUUUUUCAAAUAG